AUGAAAUUUGCCGCUAAACUCCGAAAGUUUUGGAAUAUGAGAAACGGGACUCAGAAAUGUGAUGGAAUCCGACGUGGUAGGCCCAGAGCAGAUACUGUCCGUGAUUUAAUAAAUGAAGGAGAGCAUUCAUCCAGCAGAAUCCGUUGUAACAUCUGUAAUAGGGUGUUUCCACGGGAGAAAUCACUCCAGGCUCACAAAAGGACUCAUACAGGUGAGAGGCCCUAUCUGUGUGACUAUCCAGACUGUGGAAAAGCCUUUGUUCAAAGUGGACAGCUCAAGACACAUCAGCGUCUCCACACCGGAGAGAAGCCGUUCGUCUGUUCAGAAAAUGGCUGCCUGAGCAGAUUCACCCAUGCAAACCGCCACUGUCCGAAGCACCCCUACGCCAGGCUGAAGAGAGAGGAGCCCACGGACACACUCAGCAAACAUCAGGCUGCCGACAACAAGGCCGCGGCCGAGUGGCUGGCGAGGUAUUGGGAAAUGAGAGAACAGCGCACCCCCACCUUGAAAGGCAAGCUGGUUCAGAAGGCUGAUCAGGAGCAGCAGGACCCUCUGGAAUACCUUCAGUCUGAUGAGGAGGAUGACGAGAAGAGAGGGGCCCAGCGCCGGCUGCAGGAGCAGCGGGAGCGCCUGCACGGAGCCCUCGCGCUCAUAGAGCUUGCCAACCUGACUGGGGCACCACUCCGACAGUAGCCUGGACACUGACUCUUCCACUGUACAAAAGUACUGCCCAGCGUACUUAAAAAGUAGAUCCUUGGGCAUAAGCUAAGCACCUUAUUUGCUUAUCAUAGGCUGCUAUUCUGUAGAAAUGUAUGAAGAAUGUUAUUGCCCCAGAAUAUGGGGUGAGAGAGAAAUGCACUUUUUUUAUAUGGAAAUGAAUUUGUUGUAAAGUUUAAAAUAUUUUGUAAAUAUGGAUUGCACAGUACAGGGUAGAAAACUACAUAUUGUGGGAAGCUAGAUUUUGCAAGUUUAAUGCAUUCAUUGGAAGCAGUUCUCACAGGAAGCACUUUCUGAAUAAGACACUUGUUUGAAAAACGGAAUGGUACAAAUAGCCAAAGAAAGUUGAAACAGAUUAUUUAUAAGAUCAUUUUUAACAAUAUAUAUUAGUAUGUUUAACAAUACUGUAAACACUGAAGCAAGCAAGAAAGUAUAAAAUAUGUAAGAUAGAUAAUUUUAAUUGCAAAAUACUGUGCCCAGUAAGGCUAGAGAAAUGGGGGGCUGACUAUUUUGGAAGAUGUUCUAAGUAAUGGACUUAGAAGAAAAUAGGUAUUUGAGGAUCUUGGUAAGAUGCACAAUAGGUCAGAGUUUUUGAAAUUGGAGCAAAAUCAGUCUUAUUCUAUCUUUCUGGGGCUUUACAACUCAGUAUAAUGUUUAAGUUUGAAAAGCACUUGUCAUCCCUAGCAUGAUAACUUGGGAACUUUUGCACAUUUCAUAUUUCUCAUUUGCUGAAAUUGAGUGAUUAAUCUUGCAAAGUCUAGGUAACAUAGUAAUUGGUAAUUUUAAAAAUACCUAUUAAGGGCCCUGUAAUGAGAUUUGGCACUUGGAUUUUUACUAAAGGGACACCUACAGGGUUGUUUUGUAGUGAAAUGUUUUAGAUCUUUUAUUAGCAAACACUACAUUUUAAUUUUACUGCUUGUUUAGAAUUAUUAGCAAAUGGAAGCCUCCAUAUUUAUAUUUUCAGUGCAUAAAGCCACCUUCUUGCUUUACUUCAGAGUAACAUGCCAGGCUAUUUUGUGUUCACUAAAUUUAGCUAUCAGUUAAACACUGCAGAAAAUAUUAGCAACUCAAAUAAGUAGGCUUCUGAAAUAGUUUUAACUGCAAGUGUGUUAACUUGUGUGGUGGUUUUAAGCCGUUUUUCCAAAUAAAGUUAUUAAACACCACUUUAUGUACUGAAGCAUGAACAGAAAAAUCAAGAGCUGAGCAGAACACCUCGUUUAUGUAGGCAAAACUUCCAUCAUUUUGGCUUUUGUUCUAAACAGAACUAAAUGACAUGCAUAGCAUGGUAAUUUACAGAUUGCUUAAUUGGAGUAAAACUCAGAGUAAUAGAGGGAAAUACAGGCUCUUCAGUGCCUUUUUAGCUUUUUUGAGUUGAAGGGGUUCCUACAGAUGUAGUUUAAACAUUAGAAAGUAGGCUUCUUUAUCCAAAAAUCCCGAUGUGUCAUAGUACACAGAUAGUUUAAAAUAUGUAGCCACGGGGAAGGGGAGGCAUGUAAAUGUCUUGAAGAGGAGAAAAAGUAUGAAAGAAGAUACGAUAGUUACAAAUAAUGUGUAUGACGAGGACAUACUUUAAAAAUGUAAUUCCUCUGUACAGUAAAUUGCAAAUCUUUAGGGAUUUUUUUGUAAUAAGAGAAUUUAUAUUUGUAAUGGUCUAAGAAUUUUGUUUGUAAUGUGGUAUAUAGAAUUUUAAUUUGGAGCACUUACAAGCUGGUAAGAGAGACUAUAGCAUCUGAAUUAUCUUGGUUUAUGUUUCAGCAUUUUGUCUAGAAUGUUUGCUCUCAAAUAUGUGAUUUAAUGAACUAAAAACAACACUUAUCAGUCUUGGGAAAUUUGAACUUUGAUCAACUUAACUAAAGAAGGAAGGGUAGUAAGAAUUUUUCAAAUACAAAUAUUUGCCAGUUCACAGAUGAUAACAUUUAAAGCCUUCAAAAGAAAGGGUUUUCCUUGUUUCUCCAGUCAGCUUUUGUCAACUCUAAUAGUUUUUUCAUAAACAUUUUUUAUUUGUAUAAUUGCAACAGUUUAAGAAAUUAUUACACCUAUUUACCAUAGAAACAUUUAAAAUGUUCUUUUUUGAUAUAAGCUAUAUUCUUGGGAAAAUACAUUGGUAUCUAAAAUUUGAGGUGUGUUAAGACUGCUUUUUGUUUUAAAAAAUGUGGUUUACAUUCAAAUUUUUGAAGUGUUUUAUGCUUCAUAUGGCUGAGUUGUAGUUUGGCAGAGUUAACAGCAUAAGAAUAAACAUGCUGUAAUUUUAAAAGAUGCUUUGAAUAAAAAUUUAUUUUAAUUUAAAA